AUGAGACCAAAUAGAAAAUCAAGAAAAACUGCGGAUGAUGAAGAGGAUGAUGAUGGCGACUCAAUUAAAGAUGAACAAGUUCGAAGAGAUAUUCAAGUUUUAUCUGAGCGAUUAUACGAUUUAAAAGCAAGAUUUAUGAAAAUUAUUCAUAAAAUGAAUAAAGAUUCAAUUGAAUUUUUAAAUCAAAUACCGCAAACAGAUGAUACACCUAUAAAAAAAACAAAACGAGAAAUAAUAGAUGUAGAAGAAAAUAGUGAUUCAACAAAAACAUCAAAUCCGGAUUCCGAUGACGAAGGCGAAAAGGAGAAUCUAGAAGAAGAAGAAGAAGAAGAAAACAAAGACGAUGAAAAACAGGAAGAUAACGACGAUGAUGAAGACGAAGAUGAUGAAAAACAAAUGGAUAAAUCUAAAAUACUUUUACAAGCCCGGAAAUUAUCGAUACAGUCAAUUAUUGAACGUCAAGCUCGUCGAAAUAAAUAUUUCAAGCAUAUUGUUGCAUAUCCGAAAAUUAUGAAAUAUCUCAUGAGUGAUGAUCCAACUUGUACAAGCGUUCCUCUUCGUCAUCUAGAACCAUUUAUCAAACAACAUGUUCAUAAAACUCCUAAGGGUCACAUUUAUGAUAGAGUCAAUGAACAAAUUCGACAAAUCCGUCUUAACUAUCUAAAAACUUGUAUAUAA